AUGGCCGCCGCGCAGGGAGCUGCAGCUGUCACUAAGAGCACUUCGCGAACGGGCACCAAAUCGAGAGAGAUCGGUCCAUUCAAGCGGGAAGACUCGCCUUCUAUCCUGACAAGGCUCAAGAAGGACAUCGCAGACUUCUACGCCGACCCGCCGCCGGGAAUAUACAUCGCGCCGGACGAGAACGACAUCGCCAAGAUCCACGCUCUCGUGAUGGGCCCAUCCGGAACGCCGUACGAAGACGGCUUCUUCGAGUUCCAGAUACGGUGCCCGACAGAGUAUCCACUCAAGCCGCCCACCGUCCAGUUCCUGACUACGGACUCUGGCAGGGUGCGCUUCAAUCCAAAUCUCUACAGGAGCGGUCAAAUCUGCCUGAACAUUCUCGAUAGCGGCUGGAGUCCGGCUCAGGGCAUCGAGAGCUUGCUGGUUUCGAUCCAGUCGUUGCUGAACCAAGACCCUUUCUACAACGAGCCCGGAUUCGUAAAAGGGAAGGCGGACGACUACGCCAGCAACUACAAAGCCUUCGUAGAGCACGAGACGAUCAGGGUAGCCGUUUGCGACACUGUGGCCGCGUGCCUUAACGGCACAUCGACGUUGCCGCCUACGCUGAGGGACAUGGUGCUCAAGAAAUUCCUGGAGUGUUACGACCAUUACGAGGCCGAAGUGAAAUCUAAACUCCACUUGUCAGGUAAAGAUAUGGAGCAGAAGUACUUCUAUCACGUGGGCACAUUCGACUACGCCGGACUGCUCACGCGACUCCAAGAUCUGAAGAAGAAAGUCACGGACCGUGCGCGAGGUCAGUGA